AUGACACCCUACAGAGGUCAUGAAACCGGUGACCCUGUGGGCAUCGGCGAAGUCCUAGAUGUCAGAUACCGAAUCUUCGAGAAACUCGGUUCGGGGUGGUAUUCGACGGUUUGGUUAGCAAGAGACCAAACAUACUAUACAGCGGUUAAGAUACUGGAUCAAGAUUGCUACGGCGGCGAACACAGUAUCUUCGAACUGGAAAUUCUGCAGCGCCUCCGUGAUAGUGACCCGAAUCAUCCUAGAUACCGGCAUGUUUCUAUUCGCCUCGACUACUUCAUGUACGAAAGGCAUAUGCGUCUUGUGAUGGAGCUUAUGGCGGAAGAUAUGAAUGGAUUUUGCUUUUCCUUUGAGGAGGUCAAAAUUCCCAAUGUCACAAUGAAGAGAAUCACGAAGCAACUAUUAUUGGCUGUGGACUAUGCACGUUCGUUGGGAAUCAUCCAUACUGUGUCAUGA